AGAACAUGAGUGAUCCAGAACCCUGCAGAAUGAAACACACUGAAGAUCCUGAAGAACAAAGAGACCUGAUGGAAGUAAAGGAGGAGAGUGAAGAACUGAGUGAAGUGAAGGAGGAGAGAGAAGAACUGAGUGAAGUGAAGGAGGAGAGUGAAGAACUGAGAGAAGAGGAAAAUGUUAAACCUAGGAAAAAACCUUUGAGUCGCUCAAAGACUAAAAAGACAUCUUUUAAGAAAAGAGACAAGAAAUCUACAACCUGCACUCAGUGUGGAAAGAGCUUCGUAUAUAAACAAAGUCUUGUGAAUCACAUGAGAAUCCACACCGGAGAGAAGCCUUUCUCAUGUGAUCAGUGCGGGAAGAGCUUUGCAUACAAACAAAGUCUUGAGCUUCACAUGAGUGUUCACACUGGAGAGAAGCCACAUGCAUGCCGUCAAUGUGGGAAUAGUUUCUUGCGAUCAUCUCAACUUAAGAAACACAUGAGAGUUCAUACUGGAGAGAAGCCGUUCACAUGUGAUCAGUGUGGGAAGAGGUUUCCAUACAGAGAAGGUCUUAAUGUUCACAUGAGGAGACACACUGGAGAUAAGCUGUUCACUUGUAAUUGCUGUGAAAAGAGAUUAUCGAGCAAACAACAACUAAAGGUUCACAUGAGAGUUCAUACUGGAGAGAAACCGUUCACAUGCACUCAGUGUGGGAAGAGUUUCUCAACCAGAGAAAAUCUUAAAGUUCACAUGAGGAUCCACACUGGAGAAAGACCAUUCACAUGUGAUCAAUGCGGGAAGAGUUUCACACAGUUGGUAAAACUUAAAGGGCACAGGAAUAUCCACACCAGAGAGAGGCCUUACACAUGUAAUCAGUGUGGGAAAACGUUUAUUUUAGUAUUAGCCCUGAAGACACACCUGACAGUUCAUACGAAGGAGAAACCACAUUCAUGUUCUGUGUGUGGAAAGAGUUUUUCACGGCUGCCAUAUUUACAUAGACAUAAGAAAAUUCAUACUGGUGUAAAAGAUCAUGUGUGCUUUGAGUGUGAGAAGUCUUUUAUUUCAGUGGCCUUUUUAAAACAGCACGAGAGAAUCCACACUGGAGAAAAACCUUACAAGUGUUCACACUGUGACAAGAGAUUCAGUCACUCAUCAUCUCUGAAAACACAUGAGAGGAUCCACACUGGAGAGAAGCCGCACACGUGUGAUCAGUGCGGAAAGAGUUUCUCUGUUAAAUUUCAACUGAAGCUACACAUGAGUAUCCACACUGGAGAAAAACCUUACAAGUGUUCACACUGUGACAAGAGAUUUAGUGUGGUAUCAUCUCUGAAAACACAUGAGAGGAUCCACACUGGAGAUAAACCUUACAAGUGUUCACACUGUUACAAGAGAUUUAAUCACUCAUCAACUCUGAAAAAACAUGAAAGGAUCCACACUGGAGAAAAACCUUACAAGUGUUCACACUGUGACAAGAGAUUCAGUCAGUCACAACAUCUGAAAAUACAUGAGAGGAUUCACAGCAGAGAGAAGACGCACACGUGUGAUCAUUGCGGGACGAGUUUCUCUUUUAAAACUCACCUGAAGCUACACAUGAAGAUCCAUUCAGUGUAGAAACCACUUAAACACA